ACCAAGACUAAUACUGUUUUGCUCGUUCAUAAUUAAAGCAUAAACAGUAACACUUUACAAUAAAGUUAAUUAGUUAAACAUUAGUUAAUGCAUUAACUAACAUAAGGUACCCAUGAUGAGCGAUACAUUUGUUACUGUAUUUACUCAUCUUCGUUAACGUUAGUUAAUGAAAAUACAGUUGUUCAUUGUUCAUGUUAGUUCACAGUGCAUUAACUAAUGUUAACAAGAUUUUAAUAAUGUAUUAGUAAAUGUUGAAAUUAACAAUAACAAAGAUUAGUUCAUGUUAACUAAUGUAGUUAUGUUAACUAAUGAACCUUAUUGUAAAGUGUUACCAGAUAAACUAACGUUAACUAUUUGGACGUUAUUAUAAAGUGUUGCCAAACUAAUUAUAAAAAAAAUAGCGAAUGAAGAAAAUUAGCGAUACUUUCUCUCUCUUUGCUGUUCUGGGCUUCCGUAGCACUCUGUUGCGCGCUCCUUAGUACUUCGGUUACCACCAGUGUUGCCAGAAUUGGGCUACUUUUAUACUGUUUCCUAGAUUUGAAUCGGAACUCGAUUUUUACCCCCCGGAACCCGAUUUAUACUAGGAACCCCGACCCGGUACGCGAUUGGGCUAGUUUUGUUACGGAAACCUGGCAACCCUGGUUACCACAACAACCAGCUUCUACCGUGCCUGAAUACUCUUUAAAUCGAGUGAACAGUUUUAUUUCUCUAAAAUAGGUUUGUUAAAAUGCGUCGCCCAAGGUAUUUCACGCCGAAGGAGGUGUCCCUUCACAACACUGUCAAAGAUAUAUGGGUGUCGUAUUUGGGCAAAGUGUACGAUCUGACACCACUGCUGGAGGAACAUAAAGGUGAUGUGUUAUUGAAACCUAUUACAGAGUGUGCAGGAAAGGACAUAAGUCACUGGUUUGACCCAAAGACAAAGGACAUUCUUACCCAUGUUGACCCAAUGACUGGCUGCAUUAAAUACUACACCCCUAGGGGGCGCUUUAUACAUGUACCCCCUCCCUGCCCUCGCACUGACUGGGCCACUGACUUCGGGAAGCCGUGGUGGAAGGAUAACCGCUAUGAGGUUGGGCUGCUGUCUGCUAAAACACGCUGGAUCCGCAUUAUCAACACUCUAACCUCCCAGGAGCAGAGGCUGGAGGUAUGCUCAGAGGAGACCUUGGAUGAGAUUCUCCAGAGAUACCUGCGCUACAAUUCCCACGCAGCAAGCUACACCUGGAAGCACAGUGGCAUAAAUUUGGACAUGAGCAAGACUCUGAGUGAAAACAGCAUCCCUGAAGAGGACGAGUUUUACUGCGGAAGCCCAGACUGUAACCUCUUCUCUCCAUCCAUAUGUCUGUAUUUUAACGACGACCUCACUGAACUCUAAAGACGUUUGCAUUAAUAUGAACAAUGGCAUAUAAUUCAUUAGAAUAUUGCAACCACUGCUAGCAAAUUUAUAGGCAUCUGUGCAAGAAGCACGAAUGCCACAUCAACUAUUCAUGUGUUCAGUGUUUUUAUCGAUUUCUGUCUGUGGUUAUCUUAUUGCAGCUCUCUGGGCUUCAUCCAAUCAAAUGCUGAGCAACAGAAUAAAAAAGAUGAAUGUCAGCCUACAUAAUAAACCCCUGAACCAUAAA